GGAGGGGGCGGAGUCAGAGCUAGAGGAAGCCGGAAGUGGGUCGGCCCGGGUCGGUCCGGGCGUUGCGAGAUUGGGCCUGCGAUCGCCGGCCUCCAGCUGCUGGGGGCUCUGUGACAGGACGGAGCGUUGCCAGUUCAGCCUGAGGCCUGCUGACCGGCAGGCUCUGAGCCCGGCGACCACCAGCGGCGGCGGCGCAGCGACGGCGGGGGGCCCUGGGCAUGUACGCCCCCGGAGGCGCAGGGCUGCCCGGCGGGCGCCGGCGGAGGAGCCCGGGAGGCAGCGCCCUGCCCAAGCAGCCGGAGCGCAGCCUGGCCUCGGCGCUCCCGGGCGCCCUGUCCAUCACGGCGCUGUGCACCGCCCUCGCCGAGCCCGCCUGGCUGCACAUCCACGGGGGCACCUGUUCCCGCCAGGAGCUGGGAGUCUCCGACGUGCUGGGCUACGUGCACCCGGACUUGCUGAAAGAAUUCUGCAUGAAUCCACAGACAGUGUUGCUCCUCCGGGUCAUCGCUGCCUUCUGCUUCCUGGGCAUCCUGUGUAGUCUCUCUGCAUUCCUUCUUGAUGUCUUUGGGCCCAAACACCCGGCCCUGAAGAUCACCCGUCGCUAUGCCUUUGCCCACAUCCUCACAGUCCUGCAGUGUGCCACUGUCAUCGGCUUUUCUUACUGGGCUUCUGAACUCAUCCUGGCCCUGCAGCAGCAACAUAAGAAGUACCAUGGAUCCCAGGUGUACGUCACCUUCGCCGUUAGCUUCUACCUGGUGGCAGGAGCUGGCGGCGCGUCCAUCCUGGCCACGGCGGCCAACCUCCUGCGCCACUACCCCACGGAGGAGGAGGAGCAGGCCCUGGAGCUGCUCUCGGAGAUGGAGGAGAACGAGCCCUACCCCGCAGAGUAUGAGGUCAUCAACCAGUUUCAGCCGCCCCCGGCCUACACGCCCUAAAGCCACCACCGGGGGGCGCCUGCUUCCUUGGGGGGCCCCCCCCCUCGCCCACUUCCAGAGGCACUCCUGCCCCAGCAGGCCUCACCAGUAGGACCCUGACUCUCGUCACCAGACUUGCCCCAGGACAGACUUCGCCGUGAGGUUCGUGUGCACUGGGGCCAGCACACAGCUCCGGGGAUUCAGCAGUUUUAUAUCAUGCAGUCACCCUCUUGCCACCUUCUCUCCUUCAGUCACUGAGUCAUUACCAGCCAGGGGUGAUCACACAGUGUUCUGUCGUCAGGGGCCGUAUCUUUGAGACCAGGCCCUUCCCUGGGGAGCUGCUAACCGUGAACAGCCCCAGGCAGCAAGGACUGUGCCUCGCAGGCUCCUGUCCUUGAGGGUCAAGGUCCCAUCCCUAGCUGUAGCUCUGGGCUGACCCCUGCAGCCUCCCCUACCCCCGCCCUAUCCCUUUUCAGGGGACCACCCACUCUGUGGACUUCUCUGCACUUUAGUCUCUGGACGUCCCCACCACGUGUGUUCUGGUUUUAGGGGGAGAAGGAUUUGCUUGGGGGGAGCAGAACCGUUGGGUGGCUGGAGCCCUGGCAAGGAGAGCACUAGGCCUGGCCUGAGGCCUCCUGGUCCCCACAAAGGACCAGAGUGUUGGGGCUCCAGCUCCCUGGCCCCUUCACCUUUUAGAACGAGAGUGGUUUUCAAAGGAAAAGCCAACCCAGCGACAGCAACAAAUACUCUCUUUAAACUAGGGACAGGACUGCUGUCGUUUCUCAGAUAUUUCUCCCAUUCCUUUUGGCUCGGCAUUGUUUGUGGCCAUUGCUCCUUCCAGCCCCUGCACAUUCCUCCCAGAACUUCUCCCAGCAGAAUGCAGCCCUCUUCCCUAACCCCACUGUACCCCGGCUCCCAGGGGCCUUCCUGUGGACCCAGAGCCCCGUCCCCAGAGGGGCUGAGGACUGUGGCCUGGCUGGCUGGCCAGCAUGGUGCUCCUCAGGACUGUGGCACCGAUGGGACCUGGCCCUCCCGCAGGAACACGGGCACCCGCACUCUCCAUGUCGAAACCACAGCCGGCAGGGCCCCUUCCCAUGGGUGUCAGAGCCACCCAGUCACAUCCGUGUUCCUGGCUGUGUCCUUGAGGCUCAGGGCGUCCCUGAGACUGUGACGCGGGACAACAGCUUACUGCAUGCCUCUCCCCCCCUUCUUGAAUGUUCUCUGGCCUUACAGUGUGCCGCUCUUUCUUGCCCAGCCAUCACCCUGGCUAUCCUGUGGGCCACACGUGGCUCUGGGUCGGGCUGACUUCCCGCCCUGGAGAUCUGGGUCGUAACACAAGAGAAACCUGAGAGUGAGGUAUGGACCCAGAUGGCCAAGCUGCUUUGGGAUCAGCGUCCAGUGCUGAAGGCAACAGCCAUCGACUCCCCAAGGCCUCCGAGGCAGCAGAGAGCAGGUGACUGGAGAACAGCCCCUCCUGCCAAGUUGUGGCUAGUUGGGAAAUGUCAUGCUCCUCAUCUUCUUCAGCCAGGCUGCCUGGGUCUGCUGGACAGACGUGUGUGUGGUGAAGACCAUGUCCGCACAGGAGCGACCAGCCAUCUGGAGCUCACUGUGAUGCCAAAGUGUGACCUGGGCGGGGACUCACCUGCUUCUGACUCUUCUCUUUGGCAAGAAGGACAGCUGUGUGGUACCUGAGCCAGAGCCAAGGAGUUGAAUUGAGUCUUGUCUUCUGUCUGUCCGAGUUCGUCUGGGCCAACUCUCUCUCCGACCGUGGGUGUCCAAGAGGGUGACCAGCACUGAACACGUGUCAGAGUGACCCGUCAUCUCCUGAGGCCCUGGCAUGGCCCUGUGAACCCCUCGGAACCCACUUUUUAUUAGCUUCCCCAUGCCUCUGGCCUUCCUUUCUCUUUCCCUGCCAUCCUAACACUAAGACUUUGUCAUAUAAAUCCCCCGGUUGUGUUUUUUUUUUUUCUAGGAAAAAAAAUUUAAAAAGCAGAACAAAACAAAAAGACCACAAACAAGAAUGUAAAUGCCA